AUGGCAGCCCUAAUUAAGAGAGAUGAUGCUGAAAAAAAGAAAGCAGUCAAAGAUUUUUUGAAAUUAUUGACUGUUGAUAUUGAAACAAGUGUAACCAAGCCUGUAACUGAAACACAAACAGCUAAGAAAAGACAUAAAAAAGUCAUUCUUCCAUCAUUAGAAGAUAUUAACUCUUUAUAUAAACAUUUGAAAAAAACGAGAACAGAAGUUUACAUGGCGUUACAAAGUUCUUUCUCUUAUUCUAAAUGGCUCUCUUUAGCAGAGGUUACAUUAACAUCUAUUCACGUAUUUAACAGACGGCGAGCAGGAGAAAUAGAAAGAAUACUUAUUGAAGAUUUCAACACUUACGAAAAAGUAAAUAAACAUAUGAAUAGCGAUAUAUAUAAAUCAUUAUCAACAGAUGAUAGAAAGAUUGCACAAAAAUAUGUCAGAUUUUGCAUACGUGGAAAACUGGGGCGUACUGUGCCAGUUUUAUUAUCUAAUGAGUUAUUUGAUUGU